ACCCUAUCCACUCGUUACGCCCCCGCGACUUUGAACGUUUCGCGCACGAUGGCGACCGCUACGAAGCUCGACGUGCUUGAGGAGAUCAAACUCGACCACGACAAUGUCCGGGACCUCUGGUCGCGCUUCCAGGCUGCGACCUCGCGAGAGGAGAAGGCGUCGAUCGCGAACACUUUGAUCAGGGAGAUGGCUGUCCACGGUGAUGCUGAGGAGAUUUCGGUUUACAACGACUACCAGCGGCUAGGCCUCCCUGGCACUGCUGAGCACAACAAGGAGGAGCACGCGGAAAUCAAGAAGGCCGUGUACAACGCCGAUUCUGCAUCGACGAAGCAGGACGAUUACGACGAAGUCCUUGGCAAAGCCGUCAAAGCCUUUAUCACGCAUGCGCAGGAGGAGGAGAACGAGCAGUUCCCCACCAUCAAGGCCAAGCUCACUCCCGAGGAGAAUGACAAACUCGCUCGCGAGUUCCUGAAGGCUCGCCGUAUGGUCCCGACGCGGCCACACCCCGCUGCGCCCCAGACCGGUGGCGUCGCACAGAAGGCGGCGGGUGCCUUCGGAUCGUUGCAUGACAAGGUUGUUGAAACUGUUGGCGGACGCGAGUUCGUCGAGCUCAAGUAUAAGCACCCGGAGAACUUCUAGAUCGCGGACCAGCGGGCGUUAGGAUGAGGAUGAAUGUACGAAGUCAAUGCAUGUUGUACAGUAGUGUAUACAGUAGAGUCUGUCAGAACCCAUACCUCUCAUAACCCAUAACCUGCAAUAACCCAUAG